AUGCGGCAUUUUAUGUACGUUGAUGACGUUCUUGCGGGGGCAGACUCCAAAACCGAAGCCCAAGUUGCGAUUCGCGAGCUAAAGGACGCCCUAGAGUCGGCAGGGUUUCCACUUAGGAAAUGGAUGUCGAAUAGCAAGGCGAUCCUGGCCGACAUCCCGAGCGACCACCUCCUUCGUGCUGAUUUCCUCGACAUCGAUGCAGAGAGCACGGCCAAAACACUCGGCGUGCGGUGGAAAGCAACGACUGAUGAGUUCUUUUUUGUUCCGCCAGAGUUGACUUCCGGCUCGUCCUUCACGAAGCGCCAAGUCCUCUCCCGAAUUGCCAAAUUGUUCGAUCCAGAAGGUUUGCUCGCUCUUUUCAUUGUCCGAGUAAAAAUGUUCAUGCAGGACAUUUGGCUUCUGGAUCUGGGGUGGGACGACGCCCUCCCGCAAGAUUUAUGUCAGCGAUGGGUUGACUUCCUGAAGAAUUACUCGGUGCUCGAUCAGAUUCGUGUUCCUCGAUGGGUCACGUUCCGACCACACCUAAGGGUCGACCACCACGGGUUCUGCGACGCUUCACAGAAGGCGUACGGCGCAGCAAUUUACGUCCGUGUCGAGGUUGGGUCUACGGUAAUAGUGAACCUGCUGACUGCAAAGACUCGAGUUGCCCCAAAUAAAGCGGUGUCGCUCCCUCGGCUAGAGCUGUGCGGUGCCUUGUUGUUGUCGGAGAUGGCCACCGCCGUUCUGCCAGAGAUGCCAGGGCCCGCAUCUGCCCCACACUGUUGGACGGACUCGACUAUUGUCCUCGCGUGGCUGCAGAAGCCAUCGUGUCAGUGGACAAAGUUCGUGGCCAACCGGGUGACCAAGAUCGCCCAGUUCACCGACGUGCAGAAUUGGGCACAUGUCCGCUCCGAGCAGAACCCUGCGGACCUCGCCAGCCGGGGCGUAGCUCUCCAAGACCUUGUGGAUAACCAGUUGUGGUGGCACGGUCCUGGCUGGCUGCAAAGGCCUAGCAGCGAUUGGCCCACUCAAGGAAAUGAUGCCCCCGUGACUGAACUCGCGAAGCGAGCAGUCAAGGUCCAUGUCGCGAAGGCGCCCCCCGAAGAUCUCCUUGAUCGUUUUUCCACACUCGACAAGGCAUUACGACUCCUUGCCUAUGUUUAUCGCAUCAUCCAGCGCGUGCGGAAGAUUCAAUUUCCUUUCAAAGAGCACCUGACAGCUAAUGAGAUUACGUCGGCUGAACGUCUUCUAGUUUCCAUCACUCAGAGCAGACACUUCGUCUCUAAAAUGGGCUGCUUAAGCGAAAAGCGUCCAGUAUCAGCAUCCAGUCCGAUUCAAAAUCUGAACCCCUUCAUGGAUUCGCAAGGCCUUAUGAGAGCCUGCGGCUGGCACCUGAAGGCUCUUCAGCAGCAAUUUCGGCUGCGAUGGAAGGAAGAGUACCUCAAGGAGCUCCAGAGAAACAAGUGGCGAGCCCCUACGAGGAAUCUCCGCGUUGAGGAUAUGGUGGUCAUUAAGGAGGACAACCUUCCGUCCAAUGAGUGGCGAUUAGGCAGGAUUGACGCGGUGUAUCCAGGAUCCGAUGGCCAUGUCCGCGUGAUCGACAUCCGCACCGCGAGGGCUCGUCAAGCGUCCCGUUGCUAA